GCGUGGCGCUCCUCCGCGCUCUCCACCUCCUCGGAAGUCCCUUCUCGCUCUGCGGAGGGUCUUUCUGCCCCCCCCCACACCCCGCCCCCACAGGGAACUGAGCGGGCCGUCCUUCCUGGUUUCCCGUUGGACGCGGGGUUUCGAGUUUCAGCUCCUCCUCGGAUCCCAGCGCCUCCUCCGCCGGGAUCCCUGCAAGAUGGAGCCUCUGGCCGUGCACCCCGGGCGCUGCUCCGGGCCCAGGGCGCGGGUGUUCGCCGUGCUGCUGUCCAUGGCGCUGUGCACCGCGAUGCUCUUUCUUCUGCAGCUCAGGUUCCUAAAGCCGCGGGUCAGCAGCUUCUACACCUUUGAGGUGAAAGACGCAAAGGGAAGACCCGUCUCUCUGGAAAAGUUUAAAGGCAAAGUCACGCUGGUCGCCAACGUGGCCAGCGACUGCCAGCUCACGGACAGAAACUACUUAGCGCUGCAGGAGCUGCACCGGGAGUUCGGGCCCUUCCACUUCAGCGUCCUGGCCUUUCCCUGCAACCAGUUCGGGGAGGCGGAGCCCCGCCCCAGCAAGGAGGUGGCCUCUUUCGUGCGGAGUAACUAUGGAGUCACCUUCCCCAUCUUCCACAAGAUUAAGAUUCUGGGGCCCGAGGCAGAGCCUGCCUUCAGAUUUCUCGUUGAUUCUUCCAAGAAGGAGCCAAGAUGGAACUUCUGGAAAUACCUGGUCAACCCCGAGGGUCAAGUGGUGAGGUCCUGGCGUCCCGAGGAGCCCAUUGAAGCCAUCAGGCCUGAGAUAGCGGAUCUGAUUCGACAGAUGAUCAUCAAAAAAAGGGAGGAUCUCUGAGAACGCCGCCGCCGCGUCGCUGCAGCGUGGCGGCCGGCACGCGGGGCUGUCUCCCCGAGGGUCCCCGCUCGUUCUAGGUGCUCCAACAAUUACCGUGUGGCACUGACGGACGGUUUUCUGUCACCGUGCCGGUGAGUGGUGCUGAACGUCUCCACCACAGAGACAUCACCCGAAGCCCAAAGAAUCAAAGUGGAAUGUGCGCAAGACUUCACUUGACCGCACUAAACAAUUCCGAAUACGCAGUCGCCACUCUGCUGCAGGAGCCUGGUGUUCAACUUGACCUUUUCUAGGAGCGGCCUGGACGGAAAUGCCCGCGCACUGACCGCCAAAUCCAUGGCCCUGGGUGUGACGGACAUGUCUGCAGCAGCUCACUGCAAACGACUAUUUUUAUGUACUAAAACGCAAAAUAAACA